AUGCAGAUCGGUUAUGUCGGCGGCGCUGUUGCCGGGGCAGCGGCGGGGGUUCAAGCUCUCUUUGAUUACAACCAGAAGAACUUCAAAUAUGACCGGGAGAUGCGGCAGAAAACGGAGUUCAAGACCCGGGAGUGGCGGAACGCUCAAUGUGACUUGUGGCGUGAUGACAUCCGGGAGAUUAUCGGAUUGACGGAGCGCAAGAUGGACAGCUACCUGGUGGUGGGGACCCUGCAGCUGGGUAUGACAGUGGUCCUCUUCUGCGAGGGCCGGCUAGAGCCAGGUACGCCUCCUUGGCUGCUGCACAUGUACAUGAUGACCAUCGGGGGCUCCUUCAUGUACCUGCUGAUGGCAGUGUGGCUUGCGAUGCACGCUUCCAUUGUGGCGCAGUGCUCGGAAGUGCGGCUGCUGACCCAGUUCGUUCGCCGGCCGGUUCCAACCUGGGAAGAGCUGCAGGACAUGCGCACCUUUGCGCAGACAUACGAGCACUUGGACGCCGGCCAAGUCAUGCGUGUGCCCUUCACCGGGCGGGCCAAGCCAGACUCCCGAGGCGAGGCAUCCACAAACUUCGGCGCCCCCUUCGGCUCUGCCAAGCCGAGCCCCACUGUAGGCGCCCUGCCAAGUUCAAAGGCGGCGGAGCGCGCCAUCGACCCCUGGUCAAAGGAGGCGCAUGCUGAAGAUCGGCAAGGAUUGUACGAGCUACAGAGGAUUCCGAUCGAGAGGAGGCGCCACAUCUACCUGGCGCGCCGCGCGGCGGCGCAGUACCAGGCCUUUGACGCCUUCACGCGCACGGCAUUGUCCUGCGGGACGCAUCAAAUGCUGGGCGCAGUCGCUUACUACUGCAUCGGCUACUGCAGCAUCCAGGAUGGCGCCCCAUGGCCUGCGUUUUGUGUCUCGGCGGUCAUGGUGUCGGCAUCCGUGGCCAUUGCCACCUUGGAUUUCUCCAUGACGCGGAGGGAGCAGGUGUUGGCGCGUGUGCUGCUGGUGACGGGGCCCUGGCUGAAGCUAUCCGGGUACGCGGACACUGGCACCGAGGCACCAUACCUGUUCCAGCCGGACACAGGCGAAGUGCUCCACCUGCCGCAGGUCGGCGGCGCAGCAUCCAGCAAGGCCCAGGCCGAUGACGAGUCUGCUCAAUCUGAUGACUUUUGGGGGGAGCAGCCAUCGGACGUCCGCUCCAUUUCCAUGAUGGAGCAGGACUUGGAGGCAUUCAUGGAGCGCUGCCGGGAGGAGCCUGGCUGGAGGCCAAACCUGCGGAAGCGCCGAGAGGCUGGGACGACGGACGGAGCCAACCAGGUCAUGGAGUUUUUGACCGGCGGCUCGGACUCAGACAAGGAGUUUUGCGAGGACCCAGCUGUGGUCGGAGAGAUCAAGCAGAGGCGCGUUGGCAUGGAGUCGUAUUGCCCUCUAGGGAGGCGGUCGCUGCAUCCUGAGUGCAGCAAGCUGCACGGCGAGCCUGAUGAGGAUGUGGUGAUGGGCUACGGCGAUUUAAAGCCCGGAGUGGUGCCGUGGCAGAUCUUCCGGCAGGCCACGGUGGUCCUGGCACUGCUUUGGGUCCUGGCCUCCUGGCUUCCGCUGUUCCUGGACAAGGGCGGCUUGCUGCGGGGCGUGAAUCUCCUACCCAGAGAGAUGGGCGUGGGGGGCGACCUGGAGGAUGAAGUCCAAAACCAGGAAAUCCGGCAGAAGCAGAAGGAACACCUCGCCAAGUUGGACAUGCUGCCGGGAGGUGAGCUGGUGAAUGCCAUUUGGCCCAGCCAUUCAGGCUUUGAGCCCCGAGCUCUAAGCUGUGAUCCCCUGGGCAAGCGCAUUGUGGUGGCCGACGACUUUGGAAUCUAUGCAGCAGAGCUGCGCACGGAAACCGUCGAGUUGCCAGGGAAGCUGCGAGGAGGUGCCAGUGAUGGCCGCACAAAGACGCAACUCACGGCGACCUUCUUCCAUCAGCCGCACUGCAAGGCCAUUGAAGGUCACGGCCUGCAGGACGUGAGCGUGGCCUGCGCCGACCAGGCGAAUGGCGAGUCGCACCACUGCAGGGCCCUGGUCCUCCACGAGGAAGGCCGCACGCUCUCAGAGUGUGACCUCAAGCUGCAGAGCCCCCUGCACGAUGCGGCCAAGGACGAAUCUCCAGCCGGCUUGCCGUCCUGGGACGUCACCACCACGUGGCUCCGUAGUGAUGACAGCGAGUACGUGGACUCAGCAGCGGUGAACAGCAACUGCCUCACCCACCAGAGCCCCCACCUGGAAGUGGGCGCCUCUGCUGGGGAAUUCCGGCCUCAGGUGAUGGACGGAGGCUGUGUGGUUGCUGGCACGUCGAUGGGCCGAAUCGUCAAGAUGAGGACUCACUACUUCAACCACUCACAGCUGGUCCCGGAGUCUGCCGUCCGGAACUGGGAGUGCCCCAUCUCCCAGGGGGCGCUGCACGUGCUCAACACUGGUAUAGUUCUGGGGCUCCAUGACGGAACAGCAGUCCGUGCCUUCGAUUCGGAGUCUGGCGCCAGCAUGGGCGACUGGCGCCUGCCUUCAGACGCCAAAGACCUGCCGGAAGACGAUAACCAGAUCAGAUGGUCUCAUCUUUGUGGCGGCGGUGAAUCCAUCUUCAUUCUGGGGAGGUCCACCCUGGGAGCCAGGCUGUACCGCUUCAGCAUGCCCCGCUCAGUCCAGGCGCUCCACCUGAGGACACCCUAAACACCCUGCAGACCUGACGUGCGCGUGGGGACGAGGGGGAGAGAGAGGUUCCUACCUGAAAACGCCGAUCUGCGCGAGGGUCAUUUUGUUUCACCAUCGCAGCCAAAGUGUGGCCGGGGUCCGUUCUCACUUGCCCCAGCCUUCCGUUGCGAAGCAAAACCGGUUGGCCUGGCGGAACCUUCGCUCAAGCGAAGCUACCAGGAGCCAGCCCAGUGGCAAGGUGCACGUAAUAUGACAAGAACACUGCCAAGUGCCAGCCGAGAAAAAUGACACAAGAU